UUUUUUGCCUUAUAUAAGCAACAAAAAUUACCCCCAGAAAAAAGAAUAGGAGGUCACUUGUGUUUUCACAAAAAAUUUCGAAGCAGGUUGGUAUGGUGCUGCAUAGGGGCAGUGACAUGAAUCUCAAGGGGUCUAGAAGGAAGAAGAAAGGAACGGUUGACAAUUGUAAUUGCAAGCCAUGGUCGGAGCUCCCUGAGGCUUUGCUUGAUUUGAUAACAAAGUCGCUAGGUGUUAUAGACUAUCUCAUGUUCGGCUGUGUCUGCAAAGGAUGGAGGUUAUAUGUUGCAGCGCAUGGGAAAGAGUUUAUGGCAUCCCAACCUCCACUUGUUGUUUUAUUAUCAUCCUAUGCUAGGAGAACUUGUUACUUCUAUAGCAUCUUUGAUCAAAAGUUGUACAAGGCAAUACUGCCGGACCUUGUUGGCAAAAGAUGUUCUGGUGUCUCUUGUGGGUACUUUGUCAUGGAAGACAAGAAAGAAAGUGCUGACUCUCAGAUUUGGUUUUUGAAUCCUUUUACAAGACAUGAACUCCGUUUCUCUAGCCCUCCUAAUCGUUAUUUAUCUAUCAUCCUUGCGUCUUUAGCCACGCCUUUGCAGGAGUUUGUAAUCAUAGCUAUCGAUGUAUUUUUUUUGCAGUUCCGUAAAUCCACAGAUGUCAACUGGACUGUCUAUGAUUGCAGAGACUUAUUUAAGGACCAUUUUACAGACUAUUCUCGGUGGUUAUUAGAUGGAGCUGUCUUCAAGGGUAAGAUAUACAUUUUAACCAAUCAUGGCGAAAUUGGGAUAUUAAACCUGAAUUCCUAUCCUUAUGUGACCCUGUUGGAAGUCAAAGGCAUUGGAUAUAAGAGCUCCGGACUAUGGUUGCUUGCUUUUGAAGACAAACUCUUAAUGAUUCAAAAACAUGAUGACAGAGUUUGGCAGAAGUUUCAAGUUUAUCAGCUAAAUUUUUUGAAGAUGGAAUGGGUGAAGAUGCAGAACCUCAACGAUCAAGCUUUGUUUCUAAGUAAUAAGAGCUCAGGAUGUAGUGACAUGACCAGAUGGAGGGGCAGCCAACAAACUAUGAAAUAUGAAGGAUGGAGUGUUAGCCAACGACCUAAGAAUUGCAUAUACAAUCUUGGAGCUCCGGUUGAGGAAUACAGCAUACAUUUCCUGGAUGAUACAUAUCCAGAGUCUUUCCCCAUCAUUGAUAUAGAAGAUUUUAUGGAUUUGAUGGAAGAAUCCUUAGAUGUUCCAUUGUGCUGCAAAAUAUCUAUCAGAGAUGCUUCCUCAGGUGCUCCAUUCUGGUAUUUUCCAAAUCUGUGUAGCGGUGUGGAUGCUCUCUAUGAUGACUAGUUAGGAUUUCUUAUUGUUCAUGUACCCUACUUAAUCAUUUUGGCAAGACUUUGAAAGCUAUAAAUAUUUUGUUGCUUUUCAUUUCCCUUAUCUGUGUACCUCGUGGGUUAUUAAUGAAGAGAAUUUCCUGCAA